AUGCCUGACUUCCUCGAUAUAACUUCUAGAGAGAUGGUUGAAAGAAUACUACCUCUUUGCCACGGCCCCUUUGUCAAGAUCCGAAUAAAAUCCGAGGACGUCGAAUAUACAGUUUCGAAGCCUCUACUAUGCAAGGAAUCGUCUUACUUCUCCACAAUUCUUGAUGGCAAGUCCACGACAGUCGAAGACAAACCUCUCAACGGCAAAGGCAGACCCACCAAGGAGGAAGAAAAGCCAACCACGGGAGAAGAGCAGGUUGUGACCCUUGAAAACAUCGAAGGCAUCGUAUCGAGGCGCAGCAUAGAAUGCCUUCUGCAAUGGCUAUACAGCCGCAAAAUCGGAUUCAACCCCGGCAACCCAGAAGAGAAAGUCUCGACUGCUAUCAAAGUCGCCCGGCUGGCGGAAAUGUGCAGCAUCGUGGGCUUGGACACUCUAGUAGUGCAAUAUAUUAAAAGUACUCUCGCCGCCAGCGUAGGUGGACAACCGCGUGCCAAUGCUACGGACAGAGUCUUGAAAACUCACGUCCUUACUCGGGAACAUAUUUUCGCCGCGGGAUAUUUACGUCGUGGGCAUCCUGUGCGUCGUGUGGUUGCUGCGGCUUCGGUGGAGGGGUUUUUUCUUGAUGCAAACUACAAAUUUGUAAAGGAGGAUCGCGAACAUCCUACUUUCGCAGCUGACCUUUUGGCAGAAGUCAGAUGGGCACUCCAGAGCCUGAGUUGUAAGGGUGGUUGUGCGACAGUCACAGAUCCUCUCGAUGGAGAAAUAAUCAAGAUCGGUUAUGUCGAACAACCUCCUGGAGCAGCGAAGAAGUCUCUUUAG